UUUAUAACAAAAUGGGCUCAUGGCUUGAUAAACCUAAGAAAAUCAGCUUCGCUGAACACGAGAAGUAUUACGGUCUUCGAUCAAUCUUCAUCCAACCAGAUACCCUGAAUUCCAAUUGCUCAACUCGUGGGUCUAUUUACCCAUCAACGACCUAUGCUCUGCCAACAGGGAUUCCUAACUACGGUAACACCUGCUAUAUGAAUGCUUUAUUUCAGUCUCUUCUCUCUUGCUCUCAUUUUCACUCCUAUAUUUUAAAUUUCACUUCUGUGCUUACCAAAAAGUCUGCUGAAGAGUCCUUCUUUAAAGCCCAUGAUGAAUUGGUAGAUGAGGAUGCGCAAUUUAACACUGAAAUGCUGCAGGAUUUCAUCAAGGCUUAUUUCUCAUUACUUCAAGGAAGAAAACAAUACAAAGAUAUGGAAAACUUCUAUGACAAGCUAUGCCAGAAUUUUACAUAUGCACUAGAACAAGAGGAUGCCCACGAGCUGUUGAUGGUCUUAUUUACUAUGAUCUAUGACUAUGCCAAAACACAGGCAUUACAGAAGCCAGUUAAUGACUUUAAGGAAAUAGUAAAGCAAUGAGUCAGAAGGGAAAUUGACCUUGAUGAGAGUGAACAGGAACAAAAGAGGGAGGAUGCAGAUGUUAAUAUUAAAGAAUCUUCCAGUACUCUAGCUUCCUCCUCUGUGUUCAUGAAAAGAUCCUUGUUUUUGAAGCAGAAAGAUGAGAAUGACAAAAAGAAGGAAAAUAGCAUUAGAAAUGAUGAUAGAUUACCUUUUGAAUCUAUAGUAAAUCCUUUUGCAGGUAUUUAUGCAUCUCACUUCGAGUGACUUUCUUGAAGGUAUUCUUGGGAGAAGAACGAAAUCAAAUAUGCUCUAUCAGUCUCAUGAAACUACCCAACAAUAGAUCAAAAUAUUAAUGAAGAAAUGAAAGUCGAACAAAUCCAAGACUAUGUAUGCCUUAAAUGAUCCAUAAUUGCAACUUUGAGCAAAAUAAACAGUAGGUUUCUUGGAUCGUCCUGAAGAAUGACUGCCAUUGAAACCCAGGCUUUAAAACUUCAGCAUACCUUCCUCAUAACAUAUCUGAACAUCAAUCAGAAUUUAGAACUUGAAGAUUUUGAGAAUGAAUUCAAUGAGUUCUCUCUGAAACACAGAAUCAGUAGAUUCUGCAUGAAACUAAUUAAGAAAAAGAGUACUAUUAAAAGGUACCAUUCUAUCCAGAAAAAGCCGAAGAUAAUGUGCAUUCACUUAAACAGACUUUCUAAUUUCGACCAAUGGGGAAACUUAACCAAAAACAAUAAUAUGGUCCAAUAUGGACUAGAACUAGGCGAAGAAUACAAGCUUAAAAGUGUGAUUGUUCAUUACGGAAACGCUUUUGGAGGCCACUAUGUUGCCUUGAGAAAGAUCAACUUCGAUCUUGUUCCUGACUCUGAAGAAUCCAUUCCUGCAAAGGAGAGUCUUAAAAUGUCAAAUACAAGCAUAGAUUCCCAGUUUAACAAAGAAAUUGAUGAGAAGAUGAGUUGGAUGUACGCUAGUGACUUAGACACGCGUUAUAUAAGCCUUAAAGAACUUCUCUCAAAGAAAGCAUACUUGCUUUUCUAUGAAAUCGAAGAGUAG